AUGAAAAAAGAAGUUGAAAUACUUGGAUGGAUUGCAUCAUAUCAAAAACAAAGAAUACAUCCUAAAAGGAUAAAAGCAAUAAAAGAAUGGGAAUGGCCAAAUAACCUGCAUGGUUUCAUAGGAGUCAUAAACUUCCUACAUGAAUACAUACCAAAUGCAGCGAAGUGCAUACAAGAUAUAAAUAAAGUAGUAACAAAGAAAACGAAGACCGGAAAAAUAAUGAAGAAAGCCGAAAGAACAACGGAAGACAAAGAGGCAAAAGAAGCCUUUGAAAGGUUAAAAGAAAUCAUAACGGAAGAACCAUUUUUGAAAAAUUUAGAAUGGGAAAAACCAGUAGAAAUAUAUACCGAUGCAAGUGAAACAACAGUAGGAGGAGUAAUCAUACAAGAAGGACGUGUGGUAUGUUACCAUUCAAAAUCAUUAGGAGAAACAGAACAACGAAGAGAUAUAAUAACCAAGGAAGCAAUGGCAAUAAAUGAAAUGAUUAAGGAAAAGUAUCAGUACUUAAACUUCAACAAAGGGUAUAUUACACUAUAUUACGAUAAUCGACCAUUGGUGGAUAUGAUAAAAAGUGAUCAGAUUAACAAAAAGGAAGUACAUGGGAAGGUGACUUAA